AUAUCAUCAUUUGUGAGGCGAAAUAGACGCUUUCCCAGCCACCUUUUCGCUCAAACCCUGUACGAAAAACGAAAAGCGAAAAACUUCACGGCGGCGACCCAACACCAACAUCCAGCCAUCUUUUUCGCCCUGCCACUUUUAACUGAUAGAUGCUGGUGCUGCGCAAAAACCUUGGAGAUGCAUUCCUUGAUUAAGGGCUUAUGUUAUUAUUGGUGGAGUUGCUUACAAGAAGAUGAAUCUUGAAACUUUGGAUUUGCGGAGAGUUAACCGUGAGUUGAGUCUAUGAUUCACUAUUCUAUUCUAUUCUCUUCACCUACAUUCUGACUUGUCGCUUCUUUAUCUUCUUUUUACUAACACAGACCUUGUACAUAGACUCGCGACCACAGUUGCAACAAGUGCGAACCUCAAAAGUAAUUAGCGGUGUGGAUGUGCGGUACGGAGAAAACACACCUUCAGUAGAAUCGAGUAGUUCGGAUGCAGCUACGGUGACACGGUGGGCAACCCCUCCAUCUCAAUUCCGUACUCCACAGAGAAGCUACGAGAACCUGGGAGAUUCAACAGAGGCGCCUUUGAUCAGGGCAAGCGAUUGGGAGGCUUCACAUCAGAGAUACAACAAUAAUAUGGUUCGAUUUGAUGAACAGCAGAUAAGGAAUAUGGAAACUGAAGCUUUGAGGAAACAGACAAGGAUUUCAGAUCAGGCCGAUGAUGAAAGUCCACCUACUCCAAACACUGACGAUACGCCAUUUAUCCGAUUUGCGAUCGAUCAAUUGACGAGAGAUGAAGAAGCCAGGCGAGAAGCAAGAAGAGCUCAACAAUUAGAGCAAGGUCAACUACCGACUGAUUCACAGAGUUCGGAGGAUUACCCUGUGGAGAGACUUAUUGCAGAUGAUAACCGAUAUGUCCCUCAACGGCCAACGAGAGCAGAACUAGCACUCAUCAGAAAACAUCGCUCUACACCGGGACCCGGGCGAUUAUUAGGUCUCAAUGCCACACAACCUCUCUCAACUCCACCUACACAAGAAGAGGAUAGAACACCCAUAAGAGCACCUCAAACAUCUCAAACAUUUCAAAUACCUCAAAUACCUCACGACGAUAACGAUGUCGAAAUAUUCAUCCCCACACAACCUCCUUUAAAUACCAAACGAUACCCCGAGCUGAGAUUUUUACCCACGAUUUUACGACCUUUUUCUUUGCUAGCGCUUAUUACAUUAUGUCUUCUCAUGACUGCAGCGAUUAUGUUUUGCGCGAUUUACUCGAAUUACCACGAAGGUCUUUAUUCGUGGAAUACUGGAGUUUAUGGCGUUAGAUAUUUUAUAUUUGGAUUUUUACCCCAGAUUUUGGGAGCGUGCAUAUUUUUAUAUGUUCAGUAUUUGAUGGCUGCCAUCACGAGAAUCAUGCCAUAUACAUUAAUGGCGAUGGAAGAUGCGGAGCCCAGAACCAACGCCUUGUUCUUGGAAGCCUUCCCAAGACAUAUGCUAUGGCCGAGGUGGGACGGGCCUAUGAUGAUUGAUAUUGGGGCAUUGUGUUUAUGGUUAUCCGUUUUUACGAUUCCUCUUCAGGGAUGUUUGUUCUCUGUCAUAUUGGCGGAUGAACAUUGGAAAUGGACUGCUGUUCAGGGGAUCGCGUGGACUUUGGUUGCGAUUUACAUAUCGAUGUGUAUGGGAUUGGUACUUAUUGGGGCCUUUUUCUUUCAUCGAACCACUGGGUUGUUAUGGGAUCCUCGAUCAUUAGCUGAUCUAAUUGCGUUAUUGCCUCGGAGCAAUAGUCUCAGAGAUUACCCAGGAACCGAGACUAUGAAGUCGAAACAGGAAAUUAGAACUAAGCUAGCAGAUCGAAGUGAUCGAUUGGGUUACUGGAAAACACCUAGUCCUACACAGGGGAUAUUCUAUUCGAUAGGAGAAACAGGUGCACCAAUAAGACGAUACACGUUAGAAAGUGGAAAGGCCGAGAGAAAAAUUAGCAGUGAGAGCGCUACGCAUGAUUUGGAGGAAAAUCACCCAUUUCUUCAUGAUACCGCUACUCGAUUUCGAUCUAUCUUAUGGUUCUUGCGCGACGCAUUUGUAGUACUGUGGUGUGUUACGGCAUUUUUCCUCUUGCUGGCAUUGAUCAUCAUAUCAUUCCUUCCAUCGACAGCCAUUCGCCAUGGAUUCCCACCCUUGGUUGCUGCUGGUCCAAAUGGGUCCGGAUAUUCCACAGCAAAUUUCUUGUACAGUUUCAUUCCAUCCCUAAUUGGGAUGAUUCUAUACCUCCUAUUUCAGCCCCUCGACAUGAGUCUCCGAAAACUUCAACCUUGGGCCGAACUAGCCAACCCUGACGGUUCUCCUGCAUCUAAAUCUCUCCUACUUGACUACACAGCCGCCCACCCAAUCCAAAGCAGCAUCACCGCCCUCCGAAAUGGACAUUUCCGCGUCGCCUGGUUUUCGCUCACAUCUUUCCUAUUCAUAAUUCUCCCCAUCCUCGCAGGCGGAAUAUUCUUCCCCUUGACCACCACCUCGAACGAAGUGCGCAUGCUUCCUAAUCUCCCUUCCUUCUACAUCUGUCUCGCAUUUCUCAUUAUCUAUUUCCUCACUCUUCUCCUCCUACUUCCUAAUCGCCGAGCAAUGCAUUUACCUCAUCCAGUGGAUUGUCUAGCUGAAAUCAUCAGUUUUGUGCAUUCGAGUAAUAUUCUAGAUGAUGCGGCUUUUAGUGCUCCUAGGUCGAAAACCGAUUUAGUGACGAGAUUAGUUAGUACAUCAGCUUAUAUUAAGGGAGAGGAAGCGAGAUAUGUGUUGGGGGUUGGUAUGGGGAGGGGUGGGAAGGAAGGAUUGGGGAUUGAGAGGUUAGGGAGGAGAGGGGGUGAUCAGGUUAUGGUUAUGGGGUGAAAUGGAUGGAAUUGGAAUUGGAAUUGGAAUUGGAAUGGGAACGGAAAUGGGAAUAGGAUGGAUGGGUGGGUGGUCAUCUGAUGGUUUAUGGUUUAUGGCUUAUGAUUUACUUUUAAUGAUUAUACGAAUGCUUGAUAAAGCUAAUGUGAUGGAUAAAAUGGAUUGGUCUUUUGCUU